AUGCGCCACGACAUGGCUAAAAGGAAAAUGGAUGAAUUGAUUUUUAACUUGCAGCAUACCUGGAAUCUUACUUUUGGGUUCAUGUCACCCGUCGAAGACCCUCGAGGCCCGGAAUUCGACCAAGACGAUAACAAAGCGGGCGAUAUACAUGGGAUUUGCGUCACAAAUCAAGAACAAAUGUUAUAUACGGAUGAUACGGUUAAGUCAUGGGGUGUUUGGAUUUUCAUCAAUUAUAAGGAGGUUGCGACGUUGUUUAGACAUGAUUUAACGUCUGCGGAGAGGGGAAUGGUGGAAUGGGCUACCGCAAUCACACUUGUGCAUGAGACUAUCCAUGCGAUCAGCUACACCACUCCUAAAUCCGACGGUACCCCGUUACAAAACCUAAUAACUGAUAGUCCGCCGCCGUAUUUCGACAUGGAGCCAGCGGCAAAAGUUGGGUUUAGCUUCGAAGCUUGUUUGAAUGGGGGAACGAGUGCUAAUUUCUUAACGGAUGAAUACCGACUGCCAUAUGGGCAUUGGUUCGAAAGGAUGUGGCCGACAUUAGAAUCACAAUACUUCUGCGAACAAAGUGUAACUUUAACCCAACCCGACCCUUAUGAUUACCAAGAAAAAUUUCCUAUACCAGUAACUUUCUACGAAGAAAUUCAGCAAAAGGGCUUUUGGGAUUACAUGGUGUAUAGAUUCGGCCACAAGCUAUUUCAUUUUCGAGCUGUUAAACAUGAAAUCCGGCUAAACUUCACGGUACGAACGAAACAAAAAACACCCCUGAAGUUUUCAACGUCCAAACCUUUUUCUGUGGCUGCGGUUGGUGACGAAUUUGGAGCAACCGGUCAGCAUUUAAUGAUCAAGUGGGAGCAGAUACACAGUGUGUAUGAUAUGCAGACAGUAGAACAAGAUUUAAAGACAGCUUCAAUAUUUUCGACAAAUCUAAUAAGAAGUUCAACAACCGAAGAAACGUUUUGGACGCAGUCUAGACAGCAACAUCAAAGUGUCCAGGUAAUAUUUGACCAUCUACAAAACAUGAAUACAUCAUCGGGAGACAGAACUGCGAGCUUUGGACAGCUAGUCGAACUUGUGUCCAUCAUUGUAAGAAACCAUGAACAAAUAAUCAGUAUACUAUUCGGAACUGGUCCAUACGUUCAACCGAGAAUGGGAACACCUUCAGAACAGAGGCGAAGAACUCUACUUUCAUGGAACAGAUGUAUAUCCAUCUUCAUCAAAGAUUGCAGAGCCCAACAAUCCAUCAACGAACACCACGCAACACGACUCGCAGAGAACGCCACCGCAUUAGAAAUAUGUCGCAUGCGACUCUUCACCCCAAUCAUCACCCCCGAAUCCAUACACACGGGACCCGAUUUCCAAGAAUUAGCCCUACUACUGCGCAUCCAACAAUCUGCAGCCGGAGAAGCAGUGCAGUGUUGGGAUCAAUGCAUGCAGCUUCGUGCUAUUGAUGGAUGCUCGCUCUUCGCGACUUUUUGUGCGAAUUUCGCUAUAUUUUCGUUGUAUGCUAGGAGGGAACAGUCUGUAGCUGAUAGAGAAAAGAUUUUGGGUAUGUUUCGGCAGGAGUAUGAGCGUUUUGUGAAAUUGAGAGGGAGGGCUCCGCGAUCGUGGGCACAGAUCUUUAUGGUGUGGGUUGAGUUUGCGCAGAAUGUUGUGAGGUCGAUUCGCGAGACUUAUCAGAUGUGA